AUGAGGAACCAGGAUGAGAUCACGGACAAUGUCGCCAGUCAUGAGGCAGACCGCACCAGCACACCCAAGGAAAAGCUCGAGUGGCCGGACUCUCCCACCUCUGAAGUUUCAUUUUCCCAUGGCAGGAUCACUAAGGAGGUGGACGAUGUCGAACAACGGAUUAUUGAGGCCGGUGAAAUAAAGUACCACCGGGUGGGAUGGGUACAGCUCACGGUCCUAUUAAUCGUUGAAGCGAUUGCAUUGGGGGCCCUGUCACUCCCCGCGGCGUUUGCUACCCUUGGUAUGGUUGCCGGUGUGAUAUGCACGGUUGGAAUUGGGACUUUGAUGGCAGGUCGUUUUGGAUACGAAGUACUCACAAUCAUGCUCGUUCUGUCGGUCAUUUUUGUAACAGGCUCACACUGCUUAACUGGCACCAUUGCCUUCCGCCACAUCACGGGAAGCGAUAUUUGCUCACUUCUGUUUGGUGGUGUCUCUGCCAUCAUCCUUCUAUUGCUGUCAAUUCCCUCAUCCUUUGCCGAUAUGGCCUGGCUUGGAUACGUGGACUUCGCCUCCAUCGUUGCCGCAAUUGGCAUUACUAUCAUCGCAACAGGAAUCAGGUCUUCGGAUGCACCCGGUGGACUGUCAGCCGUGAACUGCUUCAUAGCCAUCAGCAACAUAGUAUUUGCCUACUCCUUCGCCACCACUCAGUUUUCUUUCAUGGAUGAAAUGCACACCCCAAAGGACUACAAGAAGUCAAUCUGGGCGCUCGGCUUCCUGCAGAUAGCGAUCUACACCAUUACAGGGGCCACCAUCUAUGCCUUCGUCGGACCGGACGUCGAGUCCCCCGCGCUUCUCUCCGCCGGCCCGCUAGUGAGCAGGAUUGCAUUUGGCGUAGCACUACCUGUGAUCUUCAUCUCGGGAGCCAUCAACACGAUCGUCGCGGGUCGCUUAAUCCAUCAACGGAUAUAUACCAACAGUGUCACCAAGUAUAUCAAUACGACCGGGGGGUGGAUUACAUGGCUUACCCUAAUCAGCGUUAUUACAAUAAUAGCAUGGGUCAUCGCCGAAGCCAUUCCUUUCUUCUCAGACUUGCUAUCCAUCGUGUCAGCGCUUUUCACCUCUGGAUUCUCCUUCUACCUGCCUCCAGUAAUGUGGUUCAUGCUCCUUCGCAAGGGGAAAUGGUACUCCAAGGAGAACCUACUCCGCAGUAUCGCCAACGGACUAGUUUUCCUCUUCGGUGUGGCUGUCUUGGUCUGUGGUUUAUAUUCCAGCAUCGAUGAUAUAGUAAGUUAA